AUGUCUCUGUGCACGUUCCCCAUGAUACUACCACGUCUAAUUGACGACGCUUUCUUGGAAUUGGACGAUAUCGACAGAGCUCUACGUGCUCAUGCAAGAAGGGAUUCAAAAGCAAUAGGUCAACUGGACAAGGUUGUCGACGAUGAUUCGAAACUGGCAAUCUCGCUGAAUGUUGAAGGCUUCAAGCCAGACGAUCUGAAUAUGACUCUUGAGGACCGAGUUCUUACCGUUGAAGGGAAACAAGAGGUCAAGGAGGAGCACGGUUACGCGCUGAGGUACUUAUAUACUGUCGUUUGUUGA